GAAGAAGAAGAGCAAGAAGAAGAAUGUAGACGUGUCCUGAGUGAAGUGGCAGUAGCAGAUAUGGCUACAGAGCCCGGCAUCAAUAUGGAGGCGAAAAUAGACGCGAGAGAAAAUCCUUUUGAACCUUAUUUAGACGCUUUAAAGAAGGUGUUAGAAGACCAAGACCCCAUAUUUAUGAUCGGAAUUGUUGUUUCUUUGGCUGUUGUUGUCAUCACUGUUGUGUUUUUGAAGUACUUACUAAGCAGAAAAACUGUCCAAAGUGCUGUGUUGCUGGUCGGUCUCUGCGAUUCUGGAAAGACCCUCCUCUUUAGUCGAUUGUUGUCAGGAAAGUUCAAGAAAACCCAGACCUCCAUCACGGACAGCAGUGCCCCUUACAAAGCCAAGAACGAGAGGGGCAGCAGCUGGAUCCUGAUCGACCUACCUGGACAUGACAGUCUUCGGCCUCAGUAUGUGGAGAAAUUCAAGUCCGCUGCCAGAGCCAUGGUGUUUGUGGUGGACAGUGCCAUCUUCCAGAAGGAAGUGAGAGACGUGGCUGAGUUCCUGUACUUCCUGUUGACUGACAGUGUAGUGUCCAGGAAUGUCCCCUCUCUGAUAGUGGCCUGCAACAAGCAAGAUAUCACCAUGGCAAAAUCUGCUAAGCUGAUUCGUCAGCAGCUGGAGAAAGAGAUGAACACACUGAGAGUGACUCGGUCUGCGGCUCUGAGCGCCCAGGACGGGUCAGCGGGGGCCAGCGUGCACCUGGGAAAGAAAGGCAAGGACUUUGAGUUCAGCCAGCUGCCCAUGAAGGUGGAGUUCCUGGAGUGCAGCGCCCGAGGCAGCAAGGGGGAGGACGGGGAGGCGGACAUCGCCAGCCUCGAGAAGAGCCUGGCCCUGCUGUGAGAUGACUGGGGCUCAUUAUUGACCAUGUAGUUCCCAUAGGUCACUACUUUGGCCAAGAGCCAUUUAGUUCCCAUAGGUCACUACUUUGGCCAAGAGCCAUUUAGUUCCCAUAGGUCACUACUUUGGCCAAGAGCUCUUGAGUGGGGUGCAUUAUGGGGAAUUAGUCUAAGGUCUCUCAGCAUAUCAGGUAUCUUCGUCGGUCCUCAGAACUCUAGACUCGACACAACUGCACUAUGGAAGUGAGUUGUGUUGACAUCACAAGGUCAGCAGUGGUACUUGAUGGUAGUGAAUGCUAAUUCUGAUCAUUUCAACAACAACAAAAAAUGUGUUGCUUUGCUCGUCUCUAGCAGGUGUUACUCUGUGUCUAGGAAACGACCCGUCCUUUUCAUAGGGGAUAGUCUCACCCACUGCUUUUUAACAAUGUCAACAUCAAUUUCUACUAUUUGUUUUAUUUUCCCCCUCCUCAGCAUUUUGAAUAAUCCAUCAAUCAUGAUAUCCUGUGAAUGUGAUGAGAUAUUGCACUGAACCCACCUCAGACGACCUAUCGGAUUUCUCCAUUUAGAUUCCGGCAGUUUGUUUUCCAAAAUCAGAUGUUGGUUCCUUUUUGGAAUGGGUUAGCUGAAUGUUCCAUCAGUUUGUAUUGUGGUCCAGUGCAUUCUGUAGUUCCAACACCUUUUUGGAAUGGGUUAGCUGAAUGUUCCAUCAGUUUGUAUUGUGGUCCAGUGCAUUCUGUAGUUCCAACACCUUUUUUUUUGAGGGGGAAGUUGACCAUGAAUCUGAAUCACUGUUAGCCAAAUAGGAAUGUUUUUUUUUUUGUGUCUUAUUCAGCUUGUAAAUAAAAUCUGUUUUUGUGGUUUAUUGGCGAGUGCAACAUCACUGUAGACAUUGUGACAAAGCUGUGGAAGAAAAAGAGAAACUGACAAGGUUGAGUCACACACACUGCAAAACUUGUUUUAUUUUUUAUUGGAAAAAAAAAAUCACGCCACAUUUUUCUUUUGGACAUGUUAUGACUCACUCAUACAUCCUUACCUAGCUGCUGACAUCUUGACUCGAUUGUAUGAAAAAUACACU